AUGGGUUUGUUGGAUGAUGACAAAGAAUACAUUGAGGCUAUUAAAGAAGCAGCUCGCUCUGCAUCUGGUCCUUUUAUAAGAUCAUUAUUUGUGAUGAUGCUUCUAAGUGACUGCUUGGUCGACCCAGUUGUUGUAUGGCAACAAACAUCAAAUCUAUUAACUGAAGACAUUCUUCAUAGGGAACGCAAAGUACAAAAAAGACCAGAUAUGAACCUCACACAUGAACAAAUACUUGACGUUGCGUUGGUUGACAUCGAGAAAUUGUUACAACGUCACAACAAUACACUAAAGAAAUAUCAUGGUAUGCCUUACCCAGUUGGUACAUCUCUAUCUGACGUUGGAAAUAGACUUAUUGACGAUGAAAUGAACUAUCCAUUUGACCAACUACAGAUCAAACAUGGUAAUUUGUAUCGAAGUUUGACAAAUGAACAAAAGCAUGUUUAUGAAACAAUCAUUACAGCUGUUAGUGCACAACAAGGUGGUGUUUUUUUCUUAUACGGUUAUGGAGGUACCGGGAAAACUUUUGUCUGGAAAACAUUAUCAGCAGCAAUACGUUCAAAACGACAGAUUGUUUUGAAUGUUGCAUCAAGUGGAAUAGCAGCUCUUCUCUUAGACGGUGGCAGAACAGCACAUUCGAGAUUCCGUGUUCCUAUAAAUAUAAACGAAAACUCAUUAUGCUCUAUCCGUCCAGAUAGUCCACUAGCAGUAUUGUUACAGCAAACAAAGUUGAUCAUAUGGGACGAAGCCCCAAUGAUAAACAAACAUUGCUUUGAAGCUUUAGAUAGAACUCUCCGAGACAUUUUAAAAUCAACUAACCCUCAAAGCACACACAUACCAUUUGGAGGUAAAGUUGUUGUUUUCGGUGGUGAUUUUAGACAGAUUCUUCCUGUUGUUCAGCAAGGUACACGUCAAGAUAUAGUUAAUGCUUCACUUAAAUCAUCUUAUCUUUGGAACUAUUGUACUGUACUUAAAGUUACAGUUAACAUGCGUCUUCAUGGAGGAACAAGUCCAUUAGAAAUCGCUGAGACAAAAGCAUUUGGGGAUUGGCUAUUGAGCAUUGGAGAAGGUACAAUAAAUAACCCAAAUGAUGGAGAAACUGAUGUUGAAAUUCCUGAAGAUAUACUCAUAACAGAUACAACCGAUCCUAUCAAAUCUAUCAUUCAUGCCAUCUAUCCAGAGUUGAAUAAAAAUUUAGCAACCCCUUCUUACUUUCAACAAAGAGCAAUUUUGGCUCCAAUACAUGAUGUUGUAGAUGUUAUCAACGACAAAAUGAUGGACCUAAUCAACGAAGAAGAAAAGGUAUAUCUAAGCUGUGACAAAAUCCCUGAAUCUGAUCUUGCUCAAGAUGUCAACAAAGAUUUUUAUUCUCCAGAUUUCCUCAAUGCCAUCAAUGUCGGCGGUCUCCCCAAACAUAAGUUGACUUUGAAGAAAGAUGUUCCAGUAAUGUUAUUUAGAAAUAUUGAUCAAACUGCCGGACUUUGUAAUGGAACAAGGUUGCAAGUUGUUACACUUGGUGACCGUGUUAUUGAAGCAAGAAUCAUUUCAGGAAACCAUAUUGGGAAAAAAGUUUUUAUUCCAAGAAUGACAUUGUCUCCAUCAGAUAAACGGAUUCCUUUUAGAUUACAAAGGAGACAGUUCCCAUUGGCCGUUUGUUUUGCAAUGACCAUCAAUAAAAGCCAAGGACAAUCGCUCUCAAAGGUUGGAUUGUAUCUAGAACGUCUAGUCUUCACACAUGGUCAAUUAUAUGUUGCACUUUCAAGGGUAACAAGCAAAAAAGGAUUGAAAGUUUUGAUAUGUGAUAAAAACAAGGAAAUUUCAAAGACUACAACAAAUGUUGUGUAUAAAGAAGUCUUGCACUCUCUGUAA